AUGGAACAGCUGAGGAAAGCUGGCCCCAAUGAGCGAAGAUGUAUCGUUCGUCAAGCACUAGGUUAUUAUCGUACGCUCGUGGUAGGAGGAAUCUACACUCUUGAGGGACCGUCCGACGAUCUUCCACUACGAAGCGUACUCACGAAAGCACUGAAGCAUUGCGUUGCUCUACAUCCCAUUCUUUCUGCCUGUAUACUCGGAGAGGAGACAGAAGCUCCGUGCUUCGCUAGACCCGCUAUCUUGAUUUUGGACGAUCACAUUGAGAUACUAGACGCUCAGCUUUCUCGAAAUGUGUCUGAGGAAAAACGAUUGAUUAAGCUUGUCUUGGCUCAAACCAAUGAUCACGUAUUCACCGAUUGCGACCGUGUCCCUCCAUGGAAGAUAUUCGUGUUACCAUUGUUGGCCGAGGAUCAACGAGGGACGAGUAGAUAUCUCCUGUUUUUUGGUUAUUAUCAUUCGCAUGGAGACGGCAAAUCAGGAUUGGCUUUUCACAAGACUCUCAUCCAAGGGUUGAGGAACGUUCAUCGUAACGACUCUCCGUAUGAUGACGACCCUAAGCUCACGAGCCCUAAAACACCCCUGUUACCGACACUCGAGAUGGCAGGUCGGUUGCCUAUCUCCUGGACCUAUCUACUGUCACCACUAUUGGGAGCUUAUCUUCCAUCCUUUAUCGCAAGUGCCCUUGGUAUACGCGCAUCAGCAACCCCGGCAGCUGAUGAUCAAUGGGUGGGCCGUGAUACGUUCUUCAAUGCUCACGAUUAUCGGACCCGACUUGAGAUCAUCUCCAUUGACAAGGCCCAUGUCCAGAAGAUCCUUCAAGCAUGCCGAAAACACGAUGUCAAGUUCACAGGGUUCCUGCAUCAAGUAAUAGUGCAGGCCCUGAGCAAAGAGCUACCCGAGGAGAGGGCAGGGUGUUUUGUCUCGCAGACUGCUGUUGAUUUGCGCUCUCAUUUGAAUGGCAUAUCCGACGAUGAUAUGGCGCUUUGUCCUACAGCAUAUUAUGAGCUGUUCGCUAGGACAGCCGAGAUGUCGACCUCAAAGUCAGAUGGCUUUUGGAGCGCUGCACGUUCUACGACGAAGCGUCUGGCACAAUGUGCCAGCACACUGAAUGACCAGCCGGUCGGACUCCUGGCGUAUCUUCGCAACAUGUAUCCAUGGACUAGAGGACAAGUCGGCAAACGCAGAGAGUGUUCAUACGAACUCAGCAACAUCAUGUCCUUCAACCCCGGAUCUCCCAAACCUGAGAAAGGAUGGAAUAUCGAAUCUAUGAUUUUCAGUCAGCCCGCAAACAUCACAUCGGGUUGCUUGAACUUCAAUAUUGUAUCCAUGUAUCACGGAAAUCUUAGCAUCGUCAUCUCGUGGCAAGGGGGCGCGCUAGACGUCCAGGACGAGCAUGUCUUUGCCGAGAACCUGGGCGCAUUCAUCGCACAGUCCCUAGGAUCAGUCGAUGAAUCAUGA